CGUGAGGCUGUGUCAGUGUCUCUCCGGGACUCUAGAGGGCAGAAUGAUGAACGCGGGUCAGAGGCGCUGAACGAUGAAGAAGAGCGUGCCGUGCUGCGAGACAGGGAGCUCACGUGGAAACUAAUGUAUUGUGUUUUUGUGUUGAGACCCAGAGUACUCCUGAGAGAAGAUGACAGAUGUUUUCAGCAGCAGCAGUGAGGCAGUGCUCCAGCGGACCAUCAGUGUGUCCUUCAUCACGAGGAGCAGUCAUGUUGGGAAUCUGUAUCAGAUAGAUGAGACCUGCCAAUUUAUCACUAGUAAUCAGUUCAAGAAGGUAGCCUUACAGUUUCCAGAUGAACUCCUGCCUGAUGCCGUCCGAGUCUCUGCCGAAAUAGAGAAGGAAACCAAAGCCAAGACAUUCAUUUUAGGAGACACAUCCUAUGGAAGCUGUUGUGUGGAUGAGGUAGCAGCAGAACAUGUGAGAGCAGACUGCAUAGUGCAUUAUGGGCCGUCUUGCCUCAGCCCAUGCAGAAGACUACCGCUUUUGUAUGUUUUUGGGAAGAGAACGAUUGAUGUCCAGCUGUGUGCCACAGCCUUUAAAGAGCUUUAUCCUGACUGCCAAAGUCAUGUGAUCAUACUGUAUGAUGUCACCUAUACACAUGCUAUAGGUGAUCUCAGGACACUUUUGUGUGAUAUCUACCCCAAUGUUGUGGUCUCCCUUCUAAAAACAGAUCAUUCUUGCGUUGCUGAGCUGAAACAGGACAGCUGUGUGGCCAGUGAUCACAUAGAUUCACAGGAUGAUAGAGUCAUUUUUAAAUUUGGCAGACAGUUUAGUGUAAAAGCGGGGCAGAGUGUUGAUAAUUAUGGUAUGUUUUACAUUGGCCAGGAAGGCCUGACUCUUACAAACUUCAUGAUGACCUGGAACCAUUGUGCCUUCAGCUCAUUCAAUCCAGAAACACACAAAGGACGAGUGGAAUCGGUUCAAAUCAACAAGGCACUGAUGAAACGCUAUUAUGCCAUCGAGCGGGCCAAAGAUGCCAGUGUGGUGGGCAUUUUGGUGGGCACCCUGGGUGUCGCCAACUAUCUGACCAUCAUAGAGCAGCUGAAAGACAUUAUUCACAAAGCAGGAAAGAAGAGCUAUAUGUUUGCUAUGGGAAAGAUCAAUGUUCCCAAGCUUGCUAACUUCUUGGAAAUUGAUGUUUACGUGCUAGUUGCCUGUCCAGAGAACUCACUGCUGGAUUCAAGUGAAUUCUACAAACCUGUGGUGACUCCCUUUGAGAUGGAGUUGGCAUGCAAUAAGCACAGAGAGUGGACUGGAGAAUAUGUGACAGACUUCAGAGAUUUACUGCCUGGUGAAAGCAGUUAUGUGGGCUUCCCUGAACCAGACCAGUCUGUCAUGGAGGAAGAGACCACAGAUGUCUCUCUAAUCACAGGAGCUUUGCGAACAUGUUCUACAACCUCAUCAGAGAUCAUAAAGGGCACAUCAGAGUCUUCUUCACUCGUCCCCAGAAAUCAGACUCUCACUGUGGCCAAUACAAACACAGCAGCAUCGUUUUUGUCUGGCCGUAGUUGGCAGGGACUGGAGCCUAAACUGGGGCAGACGCCAGUGAUGAAAGCUGUGGAAGGACAGAGAGGCAUUGCUAUAGCUUAUGAGGAGGAGGGUGUGGGAAAUAAAGAUGCUUCAACACCUGUUCAAAAAUCAUAAAAGUCCUUUAUUGUUGGAAAUCAUCAAAGGACUACUUCAACACUUGCAGCAUAUGAAUUGCAUCAAUAUAUUGAAAAGUAUGUAAUUGUCUGUGAUAAUACAGAAUAUCUUUUGGGAACAUGUUUUAAUUGCAUUGAAAAGGGUGAGUGUAAAUCAAGGAAGGUAAAUUCAUAUUUGUUAAGAAUGUAAAGUUCUGUUGUGCUACCAAUGGUAGCAAAUUAUAGAAAGAGAAUAAUGGAAAAAUGUAAAUUAUUUCAAAAGUGAUUUAAUGUUUAAUGUCAAACAGAAUAAAACCCAUUCUCCU